AUGGGUCUCCCCAGCAAAACGACCCUCGCAGCACCAUUCCAAUCCAAACAUGCCUUCCGCACCUUCCUCAAAGCCCCCGAAGCACCACCCGGUACCCUCACCGUAGGCAAAGGCCGCUGGUCCAACCGCGAUCUCGAACCCACGCCUCCCUCCGAACGAACAUGGCAAUGGUACUCCCUCCCUCUCUUCUGGCUGACCAACGCCUUCGGUCCCACCGGGUGGAACGCAGCUGCGUCCCUCAUCGCCACGGGCAUGACAUGGCAGCAGACUUUCAUCGCUAGCGUGCUCGGCUGCUUCAUCUCCGCGUUGAUGGUGAUGGCCAUGGCGAGGCCGGGAGUGCAGUAUCAUCUUGGCUUUCCGGUGUUGUGUCGCUCUGUGAUGGGGAUGUGGGGAGCAUUUUUCUUCAUCUUCAUCAGAGGCGUUGUGUGUAUUAUUUGGUUUGGAGUGCAGACUUUCUAUGCCGCCAACCUCCUCUCCGUCGCCUUCCGGUGUAUGUUCGGUGCCUCCUGGUCGUCCUUUCCCAACACCCUUUCUCCAUCCUCCGGCCUGACCUCCGCUCAACUCCUCUGCUUCUUCCUCGUCUGGAUGAUCCAACUCCCCCUCGUCUUCGUGCACCCGAAGAAGAUCCACUACCUCUACACAAUCAAAGGAAUCCUCCUUCCAAUCUCCACCUUCGCCCUCUUCGGAUGGUGCAUGUCCACCGGCUCCGGAACCAAAGCCUUGUCCCUCGCCAACGCCGCAGGAGCAAAAGCACGCAAUGCCGUCCCACUCGGUUGGGCAAUCAUGAACGGCAUCAACAUCAUCCUCGGCACCCUCUCCCCCAUGCUGGUCAACCAGCCUGACCUAUCCCGCUACUGCAACCGCACUCGAGACGCAGGUUGGAUCCAAGGCCUGUCCCUCUUCGGAGCGAAAGUACUCGUCCUCUUCCUCGGAUUGGCGUCCACGGCUUCCAUCCAAGGAGUCUGGGGUGUGGCAUACUGGAACAUAUGGGACUUGCUGGACGCCAUCUUAGACCACUACUGGACGGCGGGAGCGAGAACCGGGGUGUGGUGUGUCGCUAUGACAUAUGUGGUCGCGGCGAUUGCGACGAAUCUAGGAGCGAACAGUCUGCCUUUCGGAGCGGACCUGACAUCCUUUGCGCCAAAGUACGUCACUAUCAUUCGGGGCCAGAUCAUCUGUGCGGUUCUUGGAGUGGUGGUACAGCCGUGGUUGCUGCUGCAGAAUGCGACCAAGUUCUUGACGUUCUUGAGCUCGUACAAUAUUUACAUGGCGCCAAUCUGUUCGGUGUGGAUCGUGGACUAUGUCUUCGUCCGGAGGGGAAAUUUGCAUACGCCGUCGAUGUAUGAUGGUAGCAAAGGCUCGCUAUACUGGUUCUGGUCUGGUGUGAACUGGGUUGGAGUCUUCGCUUGGUUUUGUGGGAUGGUCACUAGUCUUCCUGGUCUUGUCGGCCAGCUCCAGCCUGGGACUGUUGGGCCAGCAGCUGUCAACAUGUACAAGAUGGGAUGGCUCCUGUCGUUCAUCACUGCGGGCACAGUAUACUAUGUCUUGAGAUUGUUCGUCAAAGCAAAGAUCCAUCUGGAAGGCUAUGAGAGCAUGCCAAGGAAGUGGGAGUACAUGGCCAAAGAGGGCCGUGAGGGCUUCUAUGAUGGGGAGAGGGAGGCGCCGCCGACGGUGAUCGAAGGGACUGUCGUCAGUAGCGGAAGCUCCGACAUCGAGACGGCGAUGAUCUCGGUGAACAAGAACGAGAAGUGA